AUGGCAUCUCACUUAAAUGAAUUAUGUCUUCAGAAAAUAUUCCAAUAUAUUAUCAUAGACAGCGACGAAGAUUAUGUUCAACAAUUGUUUUACUGUGCACUAGUCAAUCGCUACUGGUGUAUUAAUGCAGUUCCUCUUUUAUGGAGAAAUCCAUUUCGUAGAUAUACGGAUCAAUCGCAAAUUAUUUCGACUCUUGUUAAAUGUUUUGAAUAUGACAAGAAUCACGAUCAAAGACCAGCAUUUCGAUAUGAUUUAUUUAUCAAAGAAAUAUCUUUACAAGAUUUGGUUAUCGCUGUUGAUGAUUUAGAAAUGAAUGAGGUUUUUGAUAGAUUUAAAUCAUAUUUACUUAAAUUAAUCGAUACAACCGAAAAUUCUUUUUUUGAGCUCAGUUGUUAUUUCGAAAACUUCGAUGAAAAAAUCAAUUAUGACAAAUUGAAAUUGAAUUUGUUUCAAUUGACAAAUGCGAAAGAAUCCCUCGGCAAAUUAAAGAGUUUACACAUCUCAUGCACUAAGGACAUUGAAAUUCUCGAAUCAGCUUUAAAAAUCUGCCCGUAUCUUUCACGUCUCGAAAUAAGCGCCAGUUAUGAGUUCGAGAGUGAAUACGCGGACAUGUGUCGGCUACUAGACUACCUAGAUUCUUUCAAAAAUUUAAGACAUCUAAAAAUUAAUUGUGGAUUGGUCAUUGCAUAUGAGCAUGGAAACGAAUUUCUUACUAGACUCGGGGAAAAAUUACCGAGAGGAUUGGAGACUCUUCGCAUUGAAGGAGAUAUGGAUUUUUCCCCCGCAUCCUUGGAAAAAUUUUUACACGGAGCUAAACAAAUACAAUUUAAGUCAUUGAGUUUUCACGAGUCAGAAUGUAUUAUCGACGCUCAUUUGGAAGUUAUUUUAAAGGUGGUUAAAGAUUCGAAUUUACAUGUUGGCAUUCGAGAACUUGAGAUUUCUUAUAUAACUAUCAAUCAAGCACAAAAAUUGCAAGAACAAGAUAUUAAUAUUAUAGUUGAUCA